AAACUAUUUCACACCACAAUUUUAUAAAACACAAGAACCAGAAUUGUUAAAUGGGGCCCCUCCAGAUAUUUUUCCAACAGUUAUUCUUUAUAUAUAAGUAUAUAAAUUGUGCAAGAAACUUAGUGAGGUCCAAUUAAUUAAAAGAGAAAUUAAGCAAUAGAGAAAAUGGCAGCAACAGGUAGCUCAGCCACAGUUGUUAGAGCAACUCCAUUUUUGGGCCAGACCAAAUAUGCUAACCCCCUAAGGGAUAUAGUUCCUAUGGGCUCUGCCAGAUUCACCAUGAGUAAUGAUUUGUGGUAUGGACCUGACCGUGUCAAGUACUUGGGACCAUUUUCUGCUCAAACUCCUUCAUACUUGACUGGAGAAUUCCCUGGUGAUUACGGAUGGGAUACUGCUGGUUUAUCUGCUGAUCCCGAGGCCUUUGCUAAGAACAGAGCUCUUGAGGUUAUCCAUGGGAGAUGGGCCAUGCUUGGAGCUUUUGGUUGCAUUACACCAGAAGUUCUUGAAAAAUGGGUAAAAGUGGACUUCAAAGAACCAGUAUGGUUCAAAGCUGGAGCCCAGAUCUUCAGUGAAGGUGGGCUGGACUAUUUGGGCAACCCAAACCUUGUCCAUGCUCAGAGCAUUCUAGCAGUAUUGGGCUUCCAAGUUGUACUAAUGGGCCUUGUAGAAGGUUUCAGAAUUAAUGGGCUUCCUGGAGUUGGUGAAGGCAACAAUCUCUACCCAGGUGGACAGUACUUUGACCCAUUGGGCCUAGCAGAUGACCCAACAACUUUCGCGGAACUCAAGGUCAAGGAAAUCAAGAACGGAAGAUUAGCUAUGUUCUCCAUGUUUGGAUUCUUCGUUCAAGCUAUUGUCACCGGCAAAGGCCCACUUGAAAAUCUAUUGGAUCACCUUGACAACCCUGUUGCUAACAAUGCAUGGGUUUACGCAACUAAGUUUGUUCCUGGAUCUUAAAUUUUUUUCACAUAUCGACUUUGUAGCUUUGUACCACUCAAUCAUUCAUUCAUAAUGCAAAUAUUUGGCAAAUGAAAAAUUAUUUAACAUACA